ACGCUUAAGGUCCGUUUCCGCUUUUUGGACAGCAAGAGUGAUUCUUUUGGUAUAAACCAAGAUGUCAGCCCCCAUGAAAGAGAAGACGUGUUUGAUAUACAAUUCAGGGCCAUGAUUUCCCGAAAAACUCAUCUACUUGCUCCCUCAGUCUUUAGACUGCUGGGUCACUCACACCCCACCCCAAGUCUCUGUGUAAUGAGAUGGUUAGGCUGUGGACCUUUAACGCAGCCUAAGCCUGCCUGUGUUUAUGACACCAACCUGAACUGUACAUCACUGCAGACAGUCCCUGGGUAUGUCCAGAUGUUUCACAGGGCCAGUACACUGCAUGUUGCAAAACCUAAAAAUACAAAGAGGAAGCUGAUCAAACCUAUCCGCGUGAACCCUAAGUCCCUGAAGGUUAAGCCCCAGAGUCGUGUUGUGAUGAUAUCAGACAGGAUGACAGUUGCUGAGUUAGCAGACGCCAUGGGGAAAGAUACAGAUCAUGUGUUUGAGGCAUUGAUGUUUGUGGAAGAUGGGGAUAGAUUUGAGUAUGAGGAUUCAGUGAUCAACAGUUUGAAUAUUAUCCAAGAAGUUGUGAGGAAGUCUGGGUUUAGAUUUGAAUUGAAAAGCAAAAAGCAAGUAAAACAAGAAGAAAACAAGGAUGUUGUAAGACAGCCUCCACCUGAUGCAUCUGUGCUAGUCAAGCGUCCCCCAGUGGUGACAAUUAUGGGACAUGUAGACCACGGAAAGACAACUCUGUUGGAUUACCUCCGACAGUCCAGGGUUGUUGAUCAGGAAUUUGGUGGUAUUACACAACACAUUGGAGCUUUUCGAGUAAAACUACAAUCUGGAGAAUCCAUAACAUUUCUUGACACUCCGGGUCACGCAGCCUUUACAGCGAUGAGGUCACGAGGGGCAAAGGUCACGGACAUUGUAGUCCUGGUGGUGGCUGCUGAUGACGGAGUAAUGGAGCAAACCAUUGAGUCCAUACAAAUGGCACAGGAUGCCGGGGUUUCCAUUAUUGUGGCUAUAAACAAGAUUGACAAGCCAGAAGCUGACUUGGAGAGAACUAAGCAGGGUUUGAUAGCUCAUGGCAUCAUGCUGGAAGAGGUGGGAGGAGAUGUUCAGGUUGUGCCAAUAUCAGCGCUUAAGGGAACAAAUGUAUCUGAACUACAAGAGGCUAUUAUAACUCAAGCUGAGCUGAUGGAGUUGAAAGGCGAUCUCAUUGGUCUGGUGGAGGGGAGUGUGGUAGAGUCCAAAACUGAUCCAGGAAGGGGGAAACUGACAACUGCAAUAAUUCAGAGAGGAACAUUGAAGAAAGGCAGUUACCUGGUGGCUGGAACUGCCUGGGCUAAGGUGAGGGGAAUGUUUGAUGACCAAGGACAGCCGGUGAAAGAAGCGCCACCCAGCACAGCAGUGGAGAUGAUUGGCUGGAAAGAUUUGCCUUCAGCAGGGGAAGAAAUAUUCCAAGUAGAGACAGAGCAAAGAGUUAAGGAAAUCAUUGCGUGGCGAAAGAACCAGGAAGUGUUAAAGAAGGUAGAGGAAGACUCUGUGAUCAUAGCUGACAAACGUGAAGAGCAUGAAAAGACGUACAAACAGAUGUUAGUGAAGAAGUUUGAGAUGGGGUACAGAAAAUUGAAAAGGAAGGGGCCAAGAGAAAAGGAAAUAGCUAUUGGAGAUGGAACCCCACAACUCUCUGUUGUUGUUAAAGCUGAUGUUGACGGUUCACUGGAAGCCAUUUUGGAUACCAUGGAUACCUAUAAUUCUGUGAAAUGUGAAUUAGAUCUGGUUCAUUAUGGUGUUGGAAAUAUCACAGAGACUGAUGUAGAGCUGGCCGAAUCAUUUAAUGGAUUCAUCUAUGGUUUUAAUGUCACGGUCCCACAGUCCAUUGCAUCCUUGGCCAAAUCAAAGAGGGUGUCAAUAAAACUCCACAAUGUCAUCUAUAAACUGUUUGACAACUUGAUAGAGGAUCUAAGUUCUCAACUGCCAUUAGCAACUAGAGAAGAUGUUACAGGGGAGGCAAAUCUGUUGCAGGUGUUUAAAGUGACGGAAGGGAAGAAGAAAGUCACAGUUGCUGGGUGCAGAUGUACUAAAGGGUCUCUGAACAAGAGGAAGAAAUUCCGGAUUGUCAGAGGCGUAGAUAUUGUCUAUGAAGGUGUGGCUUUAUCUCUAAAACAUCAUAAGAAAGAAGUGGAUACAGUCAAGACAGAUGUGGAAUGUGGGAUCCGUUUUGAUGAGUUGUCAAUUGAUAUAAAACCUGGAGACCAGGUCGUGUGUUAUGAUUUGGAACAUCUGGAACAAUCAAUUGACUGGAGACCAAACUUUUGAUGAUAUCCUUAUCUAGGCAGAUCCUACCUGUGAUAACUGGAAAUUUAAAAAAAUUAUUUUAAUUAUUAUUUAUAAUAAAUACGUUUGAAAUACAAGUCUGUGUAAGCUGAUCUGACUGAAGUUAAUGAUUUGUAUUGGUUUUGUUGUGAAAUAUUGCUUUGGGAUUUCAGGUUUUUUUUUUCACUAGUGUGAUUUUAAUAUUCACUUUAGAGUGAAACCCGUGUAAGGAUCAUGUUAAAAUUUGUUAAAAGUUAACGGUGAAAAUGUUGUGUGAUACCAAAAUUUUGUUAUAAUCAUGAAAAUCUGGGUGUUGUAAUUAUCAAACAUACAUAUAUGUUUAAAUUUGAGCACACUCAUAUUUAAAGUUUAUAUAUACAAAACUGUGAGUCAUGUGAUGGUAUGAACUUCAUUCUUGGAGAUUUUGUUUUGUGUACAUAUUUGUAUGUUUGUUAAUAAGAAUAUACAGUCUUUGUACAGUCCUUAUUUCUUGUUAAUUUGGGGGUGUCCGUGGCUCAGUUAAUUAGCAUACUAGCGCAACGUAAUGACCCAGUAGCCUCUCACCAAAGCUGUCGCUAUGAGUUCGUCCAGCUCGUGCUGGCUUCCUCUCCAGCCGUAUGUGGGAAGGUCUGCCAGCAACCUGUGGAUGGUUGUGGGUUUCCCCGGGCUGUGCCCGGUUUCCACCCACCAUAAUGCCGGCCACCAUCGUAUAAGUGAAAUUCUCUUGAGUACGGCGUAAAACACCUAUCAAAAAAAUAAAUAAAUAAAUUGUUAAUUUGUUUGGCUUGUAUUGAAUAAAGGUAUGUAACAAUAGUCUUACAGUUAAGAGCUAUGCAGCAUGUACAGAAAACAUGCUGACCUCCUUGUUUGGCUCUUAA